AUGGGCAUUUUGAGGUCAAAUGGUGCAGCGAAGCUGUCGGAUAGAGAUAUGGAGCAACAUCGAGAGUAUAUGAAACAGUACAAAAUGCAAUUGAGUGAUCUGGACAAGCAGGAAAUGCAAUACAAGGACUAUUACGAGCUGCUCGGUAUUCAUCGCGACGCCUCACAUACAGAGGUCCGGAAGGCUUAUAUAAAGUUGGCACUUACUUGUCACCCAGACAGGAAACCGUCGCAGAAGGCACUAGCGCGAUGGGAGGGCGUGCCGGCGGCUUAUGCCGUAUUGUCAAAUCCCAACGAUCGUGCUGAGUACGACGCCACUUUGCCAACACGCGACGCCCUUGUGGAGUUUUAUCGAGCUUACAACCCGGCCAAGUUAAAUAACGCCACCAUCGAAACCAUUAUCGAAGGAUGGUACGGUCGAGAGGUUGAACUUUUUGAGAUGCUCAACUCUAAGUACGAAGUAGCACCACAUCAGGGUACCACUAAGUCAGCGCAGCGCGCUGCCAUCGCAUCAAUCUCGCGGGAGAAGGCGCACACGAUCGCAAUGGAUAGCCAGGGGUCCGAAUUGAAUAGCGCGGCUGAAGCUGAGAUUACGUGGACAGCGCCACCUACUACGAGUUAA